AUGGAUGACUGUUUUUUCAGCCGUUUCCAGGCCCAGGGGAUCCGGAGGCGCGGGAGGGACAAGAAAAGAACGAAGCAACAGCAGCUGGUUUCCACCAACCGCGGAGGCCUUCGUUGGACAUCUCAACCUCGCAUCGAAGCGAAAUGUGCAGGCUGCAAGAGAGGUGAAGGACUGCUAAGGGCUGGGAACCGGGAUAUUGAAACCGUCCACGUGACUUACCAAGUGGUGUUAUUGUUAUUUUUUUUCUUUUUCCUUCUUCGUCUCUUCAUCUUCCUUGCAAUCGACGUCUGCUCGUCUUCUCGGCGGCCCCAGAAGCCAGAUAUCCCGCCGAAUCUUGUCGGAGAUGGCUGGAGAUGGAGAUUGGAUGGAUAA